CUCAUUAUUAGGCCACUUGAGUCGUAUAGUUUGAAUAUUUUUUCAUAACAUGUAAAAAUUUUAAAUUUAAAAACUAAACAAUGGAGUAACUGGCUAGCUCCUUGUUCGAUUUUUAAACAUUUGGGAAAACAAAAAAUCAAUUUAGGAUUUAGGGUUCUUCUCAAAUGAUCUGGUGAUUGUAGUAGACAGACUCUGCUUCUUCGCAAGGUGAGGAGAAGUUGUAAAGGUUAAAUUCAAGUCGAAAAGUCUUUAUCUUUUCGUCUCUGGUUGCGAGAUUCCGGUACUGGCGAGUGAAAAAGGAACAAGCUUUGAGAGUUGUUAUGGACCGCUAGGAAUACAUUACAAGACUCCGGGCCUAAUGCUAAUCUUUUUGUGAUACAUUCCCAUUCUUUGAAGCAGUUGGAAAUUGUAGAUGAGUUUGGUGGAGUUAAUGUGAUUGGUAAAGUCCCUAAGCUUGUGGAGGCAAGUCUUUACACCACGGACACAAAAGGGAAUGCUUUGGAAUGCUCCCACCUUUGCCAAACGUCUUUCUCUAACCUUAAACGGAUCGGCUCAUUAUCCUAGUGGUAACAUUUUCUUCCAGCUUGUGCGUUUGGAGUUCCGCGGAUGUGACGAGAACUGGUCGGAUUUGCUUGUGCAUGUGCUCCAUCAUUGCCCUAUACUACAAAUUCUCAAGCUUGCUGUGUUGUACGACGGGCUGGAAAAGGAAGAGGACAAGGUUUGCUGGAUUCAGCCGAGCUGUGUUCCCGAAUGUUUGUUGUUCCAUCUCAAAACCUUUGAGUGGAAAGAAUAUGAUGGAACAGAGAAGGCGAAAGAAGUGGCGAUUUAUAUUCUGAAAACCGCGGGGCGGUUAGUAACCGCAACUGUCGUCCCCGAGUCACUCAGGGUGAACAAACGUCGGGUGUUUGAGGAAUUGGAAUCUGCAACGAGGGGUUCAAGAGCAUGUGAGCUUACAAUGGGCUAAGGAGAAAAAUUAGUGUUACCAAAGUGUGUUGUUGAAACUGCUAGUAACAGGGUCAAUGUGGAUUUCUAUCAGAUAGCUAUUAUAAGCUGCUUUGUAGGUUCUUCUAUCUUUUGCUUCUGUCCUUUUUUUGUGUGUUUGUAAUUUGCUUAUCAGAAACUAGUUGAAUGUGGUAUUACACUCUAUGAUGUCAUUCCUCUAAGAAGGAGAAAGACAACAACUUUGUAGAUGAUUUGCUUUUUUUGGUCUGGAUCAUGGUGCAAAGCUGUUACCAUUUUUGGCAUAUAAAAUAGAAACAUUAAAUUCUA